AUGCAUCCAGCGAUUCUCAUUUUUGCAUUCGUCCUUGGGUUUGUUGUAGCCGACAACGAGUGUAAGAAGGAUGGCCAGGAGAUCAAGCGCAACAACUUUGUCUACGUGUGCGUUGAAUCGAAGGUUGUCCCCGGGCUUCAUCUGAUGAAGUUCAAGGGUUGCAUGUUGAAAGACGUGAAUCUGAAAGAUGCGCUGAUCCCCAGCGGCGAAAAGGGCUAUGCGAAUGGAAGCAAAGUGACAAAGUUUGGCUUCCGGAUGACGUGUGGAGAGGAUGAUAAGGGAGUGUACACAAAGGCUGACGGCUGCUAUGUCAGGAAGGAGGACAACGUGCCGGUGACAGAUGUCGAGAUUGAUAGCAAAGAAGAGCUGGAGGAUGUUACCGGAACCAUGACGGUGGAGUGCAAGAAAGUCGGCGAAGAAGUUCGCAUCAACUUCCAAUAUCCGGUCGGCGGCAAA